CAACAAUUUGCAGGUUGGAAGCAGUUGAACUUAUCCUUUGUGGAUCUUUGUUUCCACCUGAGUUACCACUCAAAAAUAGGGUGAAACAUUGGGUGUCAAUCUUUUCGGUGCUUGAUAAAUUCGAGAUUAAAGCCAUUGAGCAGAUUCUUUUGCAAAAGCAAAGGUUACAGCAAGAAAUGCAGAAGUAUCUGUCUCUUAGACAGACAUAUCAGGAAGAUGCAUCUGAAUUCCAUAGAAGAAUUUUUGUUUGCUUCAAGAGCAUGUCUCGGUUGUUCAAUGACCCUAUGAAGGCUGAGGAGAAUUUUCAGUUUCUCAAUCAGUUGAAAGAUGCUAAUAUUUGGAAAAUCUUGACAACACUUCUUGAUCCGUCCAUUAGUUUGCAGGAAUCAUGGUCACGUCGGGAUGAGUUGCUUAGAAUUCUUGGUGAGAAGCAUCCACUUUAUGAUUUUAUGAAUACACUUACUUUGAAGUGUUCAUACAUACUCUUCAACAAAGAGUUUGUCAAAGAGAUACUAUCAGAAGCUGAUGUUCAACAUUCUGCUGGAAAGACGAAGCUUAUUUCCUCCUGCAUGAAUGUGCUUACGGUCAUUUCAGGUUAUUCUCCCUUGCUUUUAGCUGGCUGUGAAGAAGAUAUUCUUCUUCUUCUGAAAGUAGACAAUGAAUUAAUUAAGGAAGGUAUUGCUCAUGUUCUAGCAAAGGCUGGUGGGUCCAUUCGUGAACAACUGGCAAUGACUUCAAGCUCGGUUGAACUUCUUUUAGAAAGGCUGUGUCUAGAGGGUACCAGGAAGCAGGCUAAAUAUUCUGUACAGGCCCUAUCAGCAAUAACUAAAGAUGAUGGUCUCAAGUCACUCUCUGUUCUUUACAAGAGGCUUGUGGAUAUGUUGGCGGAGAAAACACAUUUACCAUCUAUUUUGCAAUCACUUGGAUGUAUUGCUCAAACUGCUUUGCCAAUUUUUGAAACCAGAGAGGAUGAAAUUACUGAGUUCAUUACCAGUAAAAUCUUGCAGAACAGAAAUAAGGCUGAUGAAGUUUCUUUAGAUAAUACUCAAUGGAAUGAAAUAUCUGAACUGUGUUUGAUGAAGGUGUUCGGUAUCAAAACAUUGGUAAAGAGUUACAUGCCUGCUAGAGAUGCUCAUAUGAGACCAGGAAUUGAAAAGCUUCUGGAAAUUCUUCAGAAAAUACUUUCUUAUGGGGAAAUCUCAGAUGAAAUAUGGUCAAGUGAUGUUGAUAAAGCUCAUAUGAGGCUUGCUUCUGCAAAAGCUGUUCUUCGGUUAUCAAGAUAUUGGGACCAAAAAAUAACUACUAGUUUGUUUUAUUUGACUCUAAGAAUUUCUCAGGAUGCUUAUGCUGAAUCUAAGAAAUCAUUCUUAAACAAAAUACAUCAGUAUAUAAAGGAACGGUUGCUGGAUGCAAAGUAUGCUUGUGCCUUCUUACUUAGCUUUAAUGAUUUUCACUGCCCUGAAUACGAAGAGUGUAAACAGAGUCUACUUGAACUUGUACACAUAUGUCGGCAAUUUAAAAUGCGGCAACUAUCUGCACAAUCUGACUUGAAUGCCACCCCAGCUUACCCAGAAUAUAUUCUUGCCUACAUGGUCCAUGCUCUUGCUCAUGACUCUACAUGUCCAAAUAUUGACGAGUGCAUAGAUGUUCAGGCAUUUGAACCAAUUUACUGGCGGUUGCAUUUAUUUCUUUCCUUGUUGUUGCAUGGUGACAAUGGUAACCAAUCUGGUGCUUUUCCAAUCCAGAGAAAGGAGAGCUAUACUAUAAUCCUUUCCAUCUUUCACAGUGUUAAAAGCGCCAGUGAUGCAGUUGAUGAAACAAAGUCAACUACUAUACAUGCUAUAUGUGAGCUUGGGCUCUCAAUUUUGAAGAAACUAGUGCCUGAGCUUCAGGUCUCAGAGAUUGAUGUAGUUCCCUUGCCUAGCAUGUUAUUCAAAGCCAUCGACGGUAGCCCUAAUGAUAGCAUGACGGAUGACAACAAACGGACGUGGUUGAGUAGUGAUAGUGCCUUGGCCCAUUUUGAAGCUCUUAGACUUGAGAAUAAAAAAAUGGGUGACUCAGCUGUUGCAGAUGAUGGAAUGAUUAUAGAAGAGAAUGGAGAUGACAAUGAGGUUCCUCUUGGGAAGAUGAUGGAAAUUCUCAGAAAUCAAGGAGCCAAGAAGAAGAAAAAGAAGAAACAAGUGAAAAAGGACAUAUUUGAUGAUCUGGAAAAUAUUGACAGCGAGUUUGACAUUCUGGGUGUGGUGAGAGAAAUAAAUUUGGACAAUUUUGAGCAAGCUCAAGACCCAGCAGAAAUAGUUACAGAUCAGAGUCGCAGAAGUGAAAAGGUGUUUGGUAAAAUCAAUACUGAGAAGGAAAUAUCAUCACCAAAAAGAAAACAAGAUGUAAUUGGGUUUGAGGUGCUCGUACCUACUCCAAAACGCAAAAGAUCAAUUUCCACGAGUAGGCCCAAUUCAUCAAAGGGUUUGAAGGGAAACACAAAGAUAUCUCCCCUACAUUCUUUGUUAGAGCGGAGUUUGUUUGAGGAGGACAAGACUGAAACUAAAACUGAUCUACUCUCAUACGCGUCUGACAUCUCAUCCAAGAAAGGAAGAAAAGUUUCCAAUGAAGUGCAUGUUAAAAAAGAUGCAGAUAGCUCUUCAGAGAAAUUGGCAUUACCAGAUAACAGAAAGAAAGGUGAUCAAUCGAGAAGUACAACUAGUUCAACCAAAAAACGUAAAAGAAGAAGCAUUGCUGGUUUAGAAAAGUGUACGUCACUAAUAGAUCAAUCAAAUGAAUCCGAGUUAGUUGGUUCCAGAAUAAAGAUCUGGUGGCCAUUGGAUAAACGAUUCUAUCAAGGUGUCGUGCAAUCCUAUGAUCCAGAAAACAAGAAACACAUGAUUCUUUAUGAUGAUGGAGAUGUGGAACUUCUUCUUUUAAGCAAAGAAAAAUGGCAAAUCGUCGAUAACUCUCAUUCACCGGCAAAGCAACUAAAAUCCCAUCUUCCAUCAGUGUCUAAAGACAUUUCACCGGAGUCUGUAAAUAACAAGAAUAACCAUUCCGAUCCUGGAAAAAAUAAGGAGAGCAGGAAUAAAGAACUUGACAGGUCUUCCUCCUCUAAGGCAAAGAAAAUGGGUUCUACUAAAAAGAAAGCAGAGGAAAGCAGCAAACCGGUGUCAAUGAGCAACACUGAAGCAGAUCCUAGUCCGGGCAGUAAGGAUGAGUCGGAGGAGAGGGGCAUUCUUCAGUCUGAGUUCAAUUAUGCAAAACAGCCUCACCAACCUCCGAAACAGAAGAGAAAACAAAAACUGAAGAGUUGGGUGAUGAGGACAGGUCGCCAAAUUUCUCAGACACCAAAGAUAACUCAGACGAUGAACCCAUUAAUGUGUGGAGGCUACGAGCAAUGAAGUCCACUUGAUCCUUCAAAUCCAGCCCUAACCCGAAUGUGCAUCUGCCAAAAUGCAGCUUCUAUUGCCAGGCAACCGCUACUACUAGGAUUUUCGACAUGUUGAUAAGACUAUGUAAAAUAACAGAUGCCGUAUAGUCCAGUGCAAAAUUUUAGGAAUCCAUCUAGGCAUGACUUGUUCAUGUGAACAAUCGAAAACUUGAUUACCUUUCUCGUGUUAGAUUAGUUUAGAUGUUUGUUAUGGAUUUGCAAAUCCCAUUCAUUGCCUCCAUGUGUUGUAUCAUGCAACUGCAUAAACUAGCAAAUAACCAACAUGUUAUUGAA